GGAGAAUUUUGUUGAUUAUUUGAAGGAAUCAAUCGCAUAUAGUCAUGGUAGGACUGAUGGAAAGCUUAGGGAGGCAGAAAAUAUUCUGAGAGAGGUUCAAGGUUGUAUCAAGGAUUUGAGAGAUAAACAAGAGAUAGCAGAGGCUCAAGUGCAGCUUGCAAAGCUUCAGUUGCCCAAGAGUGACACGCAGUCGAAAAAGCGGGGCACUACUGCUCAAACCGUUUCUAUUCAAGAAGCAUCGUCAUUUGUCCCUCAAACCGUUUCAAAUCAAGAAGCAUCGUCAUUUGUCCCUCAACAAUCCCACCAGUUGCUUCCGAAUCAAGUUGCUUGUUCACAACAGCAUGCUUCUCUCCCUUCUAAUAUUUCUCAGAACCUACAUAAUCAAAGUCCUCAACAAUCUCCUGUAGCAACAGCUCCACAGCUUCUUAACCAAAUACCCCAGAAUGUCGUCCCCUCCAUUUCACAACCUCAAUCGUACAACCCCUCAACUGUGCUGACUCAAGAAACCACACAUCAGAAUUACCAUAUGCCUUUUAUGCAGCAGUCACAACCACCACCUUCAACAUUGUAUCAACCUAGUCAGUCAACACCUCCAGCAUCCGCACAUCAGCAGUACCUUGUAACUUCAAGUCAGCAGUCACAGCCACCAGCUCCAGGAUUGUACCAACCUAAUCAGUCAACACCUCCAACAACCACUCAUCAGCAGUACUUUGUAACUUCAACUCAGCAGUCACAGCUACCAUCUCCAGCACUGCAUCAACCUUAUCAACCUGCACCUCAACUUCCAACAAUCUCACAGUCCACCCAACCGGCUCAAUUUUCAACAAUCUCACAGUCUGUCCAACUGCCUCAACUUCCAACGCCCUCACAGUCAGCCCAACCACCUCAACUGCACUCACCUGUCAAUCCAGUUUAUUAUCAAGCCCAUCUUCCAUUGAGCCAUCAACCUGAAGAAGUUCCUUACCUGUCAUCUCAAAGCAUCCAAAAAUCCUCUCGGCCACCUGGUGGGUUUCCCCCAACUGAGCAGUUUUAUGUUGGUUCUACCCAGCAGAUCCCUGAUCACUCCACAAGCAGGCAUUAUUUGGAGUUACCUUCUGGGUAUUCAAAGCCACCAGAGCAGUCUAAUCCCAUCAAUCUUUUUCCAUAUAAUGAACCUUGUUUUGGCUCCAGCAGUUCAAAUAUGAAACCCUUUCAACGUGCAUCAUCACCUUCAUUCCCAGGUAGUGGAAGCAGUUCCUCACAGUUGCCAACUGCCAAGAUAUUACCACACGCUCUUCCAACUGCCUCUAUCUUGGAUAGUGGAUCUGCUUCCAGUGGGAACACAAACAGUGUUCAAGUUGAUGAUGUUGUCGAGAAGGUUGUUGCGAUGGGAUUCCGGAGAGACUUGGUGAGAGCUACAGUGAGGAACCUGACGGAAAACAGGCAGUCAGUAGACCUCAAUGUGGUGCUGGACAAGCUGAUGAAUAGCAGGUAAGUUCAGCUUAAAGAGUGGUCGUUUAGCUGGUGUAUUGUGUGUUACCUUGGUGCUUAUAUUUUCUGUAUAGAAUUUGGAAUUACAUGUCUAUAUCUACAUUCUACAGUUAAGGUUAUCCUUCAUGCUAUUUCACUGGGUUGUUACAUAAAAUAGAUAUUGUAAUUGGCAUCAAUAUUUCUAAAUUUGAUUAUGAGAGAAUAGAGUGUUUGAUGUUUCUAUACACUGUCUUGCUUUUAGUAUGCUUCAACCUUUGAGUGGUUUGGUAUGUUGUUGAAAUAAAAAUGCUUGGGUUCACAAUUUUUCUUAAUUCUCCCUUUUAAGCGAAAAAAUAAUACAAUUUUAUUAUACUUAGGCUUAUCUGAUGCCGUCCAAGUAAAUCAUGUUUGUAUUUUGAUUAGUUAUCAUGUUAACUGAUGUAUAUGAGUCUAUCACAGAUGUUUUCUCACCUAUCUCGCCAUUAACAAGUCAUAGAUUCGUUUUGAUGUCUGAGUGCAAAUAUGUAUAUAUUUUUCUUUUGGCCUCAUUAAAAAGUGAUGUAUUGCUCUAUUAAGAAUCGGCAA